AUGAAAUGGAGGAAGGACUUCAACGUCGAUGAACUAAUUAAGGAAGAUUUGGGGGGCGAUCUUGAAAAAGUCGUCUUUAUGCGCGGGCACGACAAAGAAGGGCACCCGAUGUGUUACAAUUUCAAGAAACGCUUAAAAAUGACGUAUUUACAGGAGGGUCAACCUCUAAACCCGCCAACCAGCAAGUAUCGAUUUAGGGGUGACGAUAGGAGUGAUUUCAACUUGCUCAAAGUCAUUUCAGAGUCAAGAAAUUGGUUUCAUGGUGAAAAACACCAUGGCAUGGAGGAGGGAUUUCAAUGUCGAUGA